GAAAUGGAUUUUGCGGUGGGAUGGAAUCGUUUCAAUCUAACUUUGCUCGGCGUGUGGCCGGAACCAAGGGUGAUCUCGAAUCGCGCGCGACGAAUAUCGUCUUUCGUCUUCUGGUUCACGAGUUCCGUGUCGCUUAUGUUCAUAUGCGCACCACAGACAGCGAAUUUGAUACUGAAAUCAACGAAUUUGAACGAGGCAGUCGAGAAUCUAUCGAUCAACGUGCCGAUCGUUUUCGCUUUGGCGAAGCAAAUCGUUUUACGAUACCACAAACAGGCUCUCACGUCCUUGGUCAAUCAAAUACUCGAAGACUGGUCCAGGUCCCUGCCGGAAACGGACCGUCAGACGAUGAUGAAGAACGCCCGGUUGAGUCGAAUGAUAUCUAUCUCUUCCUCCACGCUGAAUUGUUUCAUGUUGUUCGCGUUCGUGUCGCUGCAAAUUUGGAGCAACAUGCAGAACACUUCGGAGGCCGACUUGGGCGGUCUCCUGCAUCCGGCCGUGUUCCCUUAUGACACGAAGAAGAGUCCCAAUUUCGAGAUCACAUGGCUGGGCCAAUUUAUGGGCACCGUUCUGACCGCAAUCUGCUACUCUUGUUUCGACACGUUUCUAGCGUUUCUCGUGUUGCAUUUGUGCGGGCAACUGUCUAUUCUCAGGAUGGCCCUCGAAAAUCUGGCGAACAAGAGCGACGGGCACAAUUUUGUGAAGUUCAAUGAGAGACUCGGAUACAUUGUGUACAGACAUAAUCAACUGUUCAGAUUUGCAGUGGUUGUGGAAGACUGCUUCAAUCUAACACUGCUUAUACAAACCCUGAUCUGCACAGCGAUGUUGUGUCUGACUGGGUAUCGUAUGUUAACUUCUGUGGAUCAAGAGUGCGAAGAAGUGCCUAUUGUUGGGUUAAUAUUUUUUAUCAUACACGUGUUAUACACGAUGUUGCAUUUAUUUAUAUAUUGUUAUGUGGGCGAAGCUCUUGUCAGAGAAAGUACUGAGAUUGCUCGGUCAGCGUACGAGUGCAUUUGGUAUGAUUUACCGUCAAAACAGGCAACCAUGCUGAUUAACGUAAUAUGUCGAGCGAGAAUAUCCUUCCAGAUAACCGCAGGAAAAUUCAGUCCCUUCUCUUUAGAACUCUUCAACGUCGUGUUAAGGACUUCCGCCGGAUAUUUAUCCGUGUUACUGGCCAUGAGAGAAUGA